GAGACAACGUCGGAUCCAGGCAAUCCGCAGCACGCAAGGAUCGAAGAGAUACGGCAGCAUUUUCUCCGCCCGGCGUCAGAUCAUGCAUUACUUGCACACAGUCAAGCGUGAAGAGCAGCCUUAUCAAGAGUCCGAGAUAUGGUGGAGGCUGUCCGCCGCAGGAAAGCCGGUGAAGAGGUGGAGAUCGCGCCAUUUGACUUCGAUCAGAGCUUGCUGCAAACGAGGGCGUCUUUGCUUGCCACUGCACUAGCCAUCCGCUGCGAUCUCAACAUCUUAUCCGUUGUGCUGGCUGUCCGCGACAAAACCCCUGUUCCAGCAGGUCAGACCGAGGACUUGAAGGUGGAUUUCAGCCACAAUCGGACCGAUUGCGAGGGAUUGACUCAAGAUGCAGAGAAGUCGUUCCAAGUUGCACGAGUGGCCGAAGGGCACGUCUACUGGGCGCGCUUUGCUGCUAUGGAGGUGAAUGUUCCCUCAAAUCGGAGCAGUGCCGAGCACAUGGUGCAGCGAUUGAUAGCAGAAGCCCUCGCUCACCUCGAUGCUGCCGAGACGACAUGCAAGGAACACCCAAGUCAAACAAGAGCUGUGCUGCCGAGGAUCGAGCCGACUCGCAAGAUGCUUGAUGGCGGCGUGUUCUACACGGCUGUGUCGAACGAUGAGAUGAGAGCAGUGGUGGCGGCGAUGGAGACCGAAUUCAGGAGCACUGGGCAUUGGUAUCGUUGUGCCAACGGACAUCCGUUCACGGUGGGAGAGUGCGAACUACCAAUGCAACUUGCCCUUUGCCCCCGAUGCGGAGCGGCGGUUGGUGGGCAAUCGCAUCAAGCUGUUGAAGGUGUGACUCGUGCCGACGACAUUGAAGGGCAGUUCGCUAGAAUGGAACUGUGAGAGGAUCAUCGUGGUUGUAGUGUAGCAAGAUGCGUGUAGGAGAUGA